UUAUCUUAUGACAAAUAAUUUUUUUAUUUAAAAAUAACCUUGCUCUGGAUCUUUUCAUCUGGCCGCCGCCACGACACACCAGUCCCCCACCUCCAUUGGUGUUUUCACCUGCUGGUCUCCCUCUUCCCUUCACGGCAUCUGCAGUGCCCGUUGCCAAAUAAACCUUUCUUAUUCCCAGCAGUAAGUCCGUUGUUAUUUGGGCUUUUGAAUCUCACCAAUCAUUAUUUAAUUUUUUCUUUGUUCGGCUGCAUCUGUGACUGUGGGUUUUCAGUUUUGGGUUUUCUCUAGAAACUACAGCGACAACAUACUUGAGCUCUUGGUCUGAGGUUUGUAGAUAACUGCUGCAAUGGGAAAGAAGAAGACAGAGGAGGCUGGUGCAACCACGAAGGUUAAGUCAACCGGAAAAGAUGCUCCUAAAGACGGGAAGAAAGAGAAACUAUCAGUCUCUGCCAUGUUGGCCAGCAUGGACCAGAAACCUGAUAAGCCCAAGAAAGGAUCUUCCUCAAGUACAAAGGCGAAAGGUGCUCCAAAGCGUCCAUCCUACACUGAUGAUAUUGAUCUCCCCCCCUCUGAUGAAGAAGAUGAAUAUGUGUUGGAAGAGGGCCAACAAGAAGAAAAGCAGAAGAGGCCAGAAUAUAAGCCACUUGAUGUAUCCAUAACAGACAAAGAGUUAAAGAAGCGUGCUCAGAAGGACCUUCUAGCUGCCCAUGCUGUUGAGCAGGCUAAGAAGGAGGCCCUUAAAGACGAUCAUGAUGCUUUCACUGUUGUUAUUGGAAGCCGGGCAUCGGUACUUGAUGGUGAAGAUGGCGAUGCUAAUGUCAAGGAUAUAACAGUAGAAAAUUUUUCUGUGUCGGCUCGGGGAAAGGAACUUCUAAAGAACACCUCAGUGAAGAUAUCACAUGGGAAAAGAUAUGGUUUGGUUGGCCCUAAUGGAAUGGGCAAGUCUACUCUCUUGAAGCUUCUUGCUUGGAGGAAGAUUCCAGUACCCAAAAACAUUGAUGUGCUUUUGGUUGAACAGGAGGUAGUUGCUGACGAUAGAACUGCCCUUGAAGCAGUUGUUUCAGCUAAUGAAGAACUUGUCAAAAUCCGGAAAGAGGUUGCAGAUUUGCAGAAUUCAGCUUCUGCUGAGGAAAAGGACGGUUAUGAUGAUGAUGUAGAGGGAGAGAAACUUACUGAAUUGUAUGAGAAAUUGCAGUUGAUGGGGUCGGAUGCGGCUGAAGCUCAGGCUUCAAAGAUUCUUGCUGGGCUGGGGUUCACAAAGGAUAUGCAAGGCCGUCCAACUAAGUCCUUCAGUGGUGGUUGGAGGAUGAGAAUUUCAUUAGCAAGGGCACUUUUUGUCCAGCCAACGCUUUUGUUGCUUGAUGAACCCACUAACCAUCUCGACUUGAGGGCUGUUCUCUGGUUGGAGGAGUACUUGUGCCGCUGGAAAAAAACUUUGGUCGUCGUCUCACAUGACCGGGAUUUCCUUAACACAGUUUGCAAUGAAAUUAUUCAUCUCCAUGAUCUGAAACUCCACAUCUACCGUGGAAAUUUUGAUGAUUUUGAAACUGGGUAUGAGCAACGUCGCAAAGAAGUGAACAAAAAGUUUGAAAUUUAUGACAAGCAGAUGAAAGCUGCCAAAAGGAGUGGAAAUCGGGUUCAACAGGAGAAGGUCAAGGAUCGAGCAAAGUCUGCAGCAGCUAAGGAAGCAUCAAAGAGCAGGGGCAAGGGCAAGGUUGAUGAAGAUGACAUACCAGUUGAGGCUCCUAAGAAGUGGAGAGAUUACAGUGUGGAGUUCCACUUUCCUGAACCUACCGAGCUUACUCCUCCACUCUUGCAACUUGUUGAAGUCAGCUUCAGUUAUCCAAAACGGGAGGAUUUCAAGCUGUCAGGUGUUGAUGUUGGUAUUGAUAUGGGGACUCGUGUUGCCAUUGUUGGACCUAACGGAGCUGGAAAGUCUACUCUGCUCAACCUUCUUGCAGGUGAUUUGGUUCCUACGGAGGGUGAAGUGCGGAGGAGUCAGAAGUUGAGGAUCGGUAGGUAUUCACAGCACUUUGUGGAUCUCCUGACAAUGGGUGAGACCCCAGUUCAGUACCUUCUUCGCCUUCAUCCAGAACAAGAGGGACUUAGCAAGCAAGAGGCUGUCCGGGCAAAGCUUGGGAAAUAUGGACUCCCUAGCCACAACCAUCUUACUCCUAUUGCAAAAUUGUCCGGAGGGCAGAAAGCACGAGUUGUCUUCACAUCAAUAUCCAUGUCAAGGCCCCACAUUUUGCUGUUGGAUGAGCCCACGAAUCAUUUAGAUAUGCAGAGUAUUGAUGCCCUGGCUGAUGCGCUUGAUGAAUUCACUGGUGGAGUUGUACUGGUGAGUCAUGAUUCUAGGCUGAUAUCACGGGUGUGUGACGAUGAAGAGAAGAGUGAAAUUUGGGUUGUUGAAGAGGGUACUGUGAGGACUUUCCCAGGGACUUUUGAGGAGUACAAGGAGGAGCUACAAAGAGAAAUUAAAGCUGAGGUCGAUGACUAAUAAGGCCAGAGGCAUUUGUUUUUCUUUUUCUUUCUCUCUUUCUUGUAAUGAUAGUAAAAUUUUGCAGAUUCCAUGUUUUAAGAUUUUCCAUGAGUUUGCUUGCUCAUGGACUACAUCCUACUUACUGAUGCAUUUUUAUUGUUUCUGUCAUUUGAGUGUAUUAUAAUUCUACUUUGGUUAAACGGAGUGUACCAUUAGCUCAUUGAUGUAUUCACUUCAGCAUUUUAUAUGUAGUUUUCAUUUUCAACAGCA